AGAAUGUACUAUGCAGCUGUCAUCCCCCUUCUACUGUGCCUCGCAACACAAGCCUGGGCUCGGUAUAUGUGUCCUACAAAAUGCACCUGCUACCUGGACCAGAAGGGCAGACGAGCGGUCUUGUGUAAAGAAGGCGGUCUGGUGGGCCCGUUAAAUCUGAACAAUGUAUCUCUAGACACCGAAGUCAUCAAAAUAACGGCUCCAGAUGACAACAUGAAUGAACUGACCAUGUCUCCGGUCUUCCAAAGCUACAAGAAACUGGAAGAGAUACACAUAACGAAGUCUAAUGUGCCUCAACUUGGAAUGCACUUCUUCUGGGGUCUCACGAAGCUAGACGUGUUGAACCUAUCCCAAAAUAAUAUUACGCAGCCGCUGGACCACAACUUCAGAGGUUUGUCCAAGUUGAAAGAGUUGUACUUGGAUGACAAUAGAAUCAUUUCGUUGCCCAGUGGAACAUUCAGGUUUUUGCAUGAGUUGAAGGUGUUGAGCAUACAAAGAAACCGGAUUGAGGAGUUGACUCCGAGGAUAUUUUUGGAGGUUGCGAAAUUGCGGGUGCUGAAGCUGAGCGGGAAUCAUCUGAGAGAACUGAAUCCUGAGGUCUUCAAGGAUGUUCAGGAACUUCGGUCCCUUGAAUGCCGAGGCUGUGCCUUGACAAAACUGAACAACGAGAUUUACCAUCUCCUACCACAUUUGACCCAUCUGGAUCUAGGCGACAACGAAAUCAAGACUCUACAACCUGAAGACUUUAGGGAUCUCACCAAUCUGAAGCAUCUGAAGCUUGACGGAAAUCAGCUUACCUCAAUAGUCAACUCUACUUUUAUUCAUCAACCUAUGCUUAAAAAGCUUAACUUAGCUAGAAAUCAUAUCGCAAAAGUCUCACCCGAUGCUUUCACUAACGCUUACAAUUUGACUGAGUUAGAUUUGGGUCAUAACGAACUGAAAAACUUGGAAUUCUUAAGGUCGGUGGCAGAUACUUUGGAAAUACUGGUUUUAAGUGGCAAUCAUCUUAAGUUACACGCGUUAAGGGUACUUUCUGAGAUGACUGCUCUUAAAGGGCUUCAUCUCUCAGGUUGUGGUCUAGCUGAUAUACAUUCACCUAUUUUUUCUUCACGCUUAAAUAUGUUAGACCUCAGCAACAAUCAUUUAUCAUCUCUUCAAAGCGAGGUACUUCCUUCUAAUCUCACUGAGCUUGACAUAUCGAGUAACCGGUUUCGGGGCAUUUCAGAAGAAGUGAUGAGGCUUCUCGACAAUGCGAACAACAUAAAAUUAGAAAACAAUAUGUGGUCUUGCGAUUUGUGCCAUAUAGUCCCUCUGUUAGACAGAGUUAAUAGAAGUACCAGUUUCCGCGAGGUAACGUGUUCCGCACCUUUUGCUGUCAAAGGAAAGAAACUAGGAGCUAUGAAGAAGAACGAGUUAAGCUGGUGUACGGUGCCUAGCUAUCCAAUGAGCGAUGCGGACUAUUUUCUUGUAGCUAGAGAUGGUAAAGUGGGUUUGAUGAUAGCUGGUACUAGCGUGGUGCUAUUAGUACUAGCAAUCUGUGGAGUUAUAGCAGCACUCUGCUAUUCAAGACGACACGCUGCUAAAUAUUAUACCCACGAGGAUCAACUAGCUAAAGAAGGUGAAUCUAUUUUCGAGAACAACCACAGUCCAUUGUUUUGUGAUGGAGAACUGAGUUUCAAAUUUCCUUUAGACCAUGGAGAUAAAAAGAUAUCCAUUGCAACGAUAGACGAAAUAAAGAAAGAGCAUUGCAUAACGAACGGUACUUGAACAAAUUAGAUUCAUAACUAGUCUGAUAUAAAGUUCACCUUUGCUUACGAAUGCAAAUAUCAUCAUUAUUCAGAGCCAAAAUAGAUUUUUACGAUGCGACUGACUUCUGUACCUUAUACUUGAGUACGCGUAAAAAAUACUGAUGGAUAGUUUGAGGCUUAAUUCAUGUUUUUUAUCGCUUUAAAUAUUAAAUAUAUGGAUUAGAGUCCGAGAAGCUAUUUUCUGCACAAAAGUAAUGAGAAUUUGCCAUCGGUUUCUUUAUACGUGAAAGUCGGUGGACCAAUGAAUGGAAUAAAUGUCUGUAUUUUUAAAAUGUAUAUAUUUUUAUUAUUAAUACAAUUUAUUGUACAUUAUUAUAUCCAAAGAUAAACAAUAGUGGAAGAGAACCAGUGGAGUAUCAAAAAUCAAAAAAAUGCAUGCAUGUCAGUUCGCGAAGAUACACCUUAAAGUUUGAUUAUAAUGUCUGUGUCCGAACCACAUAUACGAUUCCGACGAGUUUUCCGAAAAAAACACAUUUAUUGUCACAACACUCUGUGUGUGCAAAAAAUAACAUAAUAGGUGUUGUACACAUUUGAUACAUGCGAAAGAAGAGAUAUGAGGUCGCAUUCGUAUGAAGCCGAUGCUGUCGCCAAGGAUUGUGUAUAGUAAAAUACCAAAACGCGGAGGCCUUCGAAAAUGCGACGCUUGUUUGUAAAAUGUCGGUAAACGUCGCUGUAAUCAAAACGUACAGCGUCAAAGCAGUGGUGCACGAUGACUUCUGCUACUGUCAUCAAUUCUGAUAUUUGACUCUCGGAAAUCUAGUGGGCGUAGAACAUAGAAAGUAUUACAUUAUUCACAGAUAUUAAAAAUAAAUGAUUUAUUUUUUAAAACUUUACCACCCUGUAUCUCAAAAGUUAAGAUGCUUAGGACUAACAUUCUUCUUAAAAUGGACCCAAAAAUCGCCUCCUUAAGAUGACACGUCCCUGUUUUUUAGAUUUCUUUUCAACUUCCUGUUUGCAGCAGAAUUCUAAAUCCUUUUCAUCUGAUAAUUUUAUGUUGUGUAUAGAGA